AGCCCUAGAAUAUUUGCGUUUCCCCUUUAGUGGAGUUUGUUUUCCUUUGUCGAGCAGGAAUAGAAACUGCAUCUAAUAACAAAAUAAAUCCAACCAGCCCUAAAAAGCUACAUAAACAUAUACCAAUCAAAAAUGGAUAAAGAAUUAAAGGAGCAAGUUAAUUUGAAGCCCAUCCGCAAGGAAAUUAUCAGUCCUGGCAACAAAUACAUCGAACUGAAGCCAGGCACCAGGGUUAAAUUUCACUUCCAAACGCGUCGGGCCAAUGAUGUGCGAAUCAUUGACGAUAGCAAGAAAAUUAACAAGCCAAUGGAGCUGGUCCUGGGCAAGAAAUUCAAAUUGGAAGUGUGGGAGGUCAUGGUGCAGAAAAUGUCCCUAAAUGAGGUGGCCAAGUUCACGGUCCACAAAUCGCUCUGUGCCCAAUAUCCGUUCAUUUCGAAAACUCUACGGGAUAUUGGCAAGAAACCUGACGAGCGUCGCCACUGCUGUGGCAUGACACUGCAGAACGAGGGCAUGGGCUACGAGGAUCUCGACGAGCUGUUGCAGAGGCCCGUCGACUUGGAGUUCACCAUAGAACUGAUAUCGAUUGAGCUGCCCGAGGAGUACGAGAAGGAGCGCUGGCAAAUGUCCGAUGAUGAGAAAAUGCUUGCAACGCAUACCUUGCGGGAGCGCGGCAACAGACUGUAUAAUGCGCAAAAUUACGCCGAGGCGGAGAUUUGCUACCGCGACGCCGUGGGCAUGGUCGAACAGCUGAUGCUCAAGGAGAAGCCUCACGAUGCGGAAUGGCAGGAGUUGGCUAACAUCAAGGUUCCAUUGCUGCUCAACUACGCCCAAUGCCGUUUGAUUGCUGGCGAUUACUAUGCGGUGAUUGAGCACUGCAACGAGGUGCUGACGCUUGAUCCGCGCAAUGUAAAGGCGCUAUUCCGCCGUGCCAAGGCACACGCUGGUGCCUGGAAUCCGGCGCAGGCGCGCCGCGACUUUCUCGAUGCUCUGAGUCUAGAUGCGAGCCUGAAGACAACUGUCGCCCGCGAACUGAAGGCGAUUGAGGAGCAGCAGCAUGAACGCAACGUUCAGGAUCGCAUCCACAUGCAGAAGCUCUUCUAGAAUAUAAGUUGUGCUAACGUACUGCUCAUGCUCCUCGUUUAUUGGAGCAACUAUGCGCAGCGUUAACAGUUAGCC